AUGUCAACCAUCGAAUACUCACUCGGGCCGUCCUUCGACUGCCCCUUCGGAUGGCCAGCCGAGCCGAGCUAUCCCAUCGACCCCAUCAAUCAAACCACCGCCACAGCCAUCCCACACCAUCUCGCCUCUUCUCCCGAGCGACCCUCACGGAAAACGCCCUCGGAUCUCCUUCAGACUUGGGACUCGAUCUUCUCGUGUCGAUCGAGCGAUCAUGACGAGCCAAUCGACCAACUGGCGACACUCCUCAGUAGGCUCUAUCUCGAGGCCGUCUACCUUCCCGAAACAUCUGCCGUCGAGCGUUUUGCAGCCCGGGUACGGAACUCGGAAGAGGGUUUCGAGGAGGAGGCUCUGCUAGGACUGUACGAGUCAUUCAUGAUCCCCGAGGAAGCUUUGGUCCGGAAGUGGGGCACUGAGAUGGGGAAGAUCGCACGGGUGUACGAGGCACGGAGUAAGCGCGCGGUCGACGGAGACGAGGAUCAGGAAGAAGAAGAAGAUGAGGAGGGAGAGGCGAUCGUGGUGGAGAAUGACGAGGAGCUCUUCCAUCUCAACGAACCCGAAGCCUUCGCUCUCGUCCUCCAACAAUUCUUCAGCCCUGCUCAACCCGACCUCUGUCGUCCUCUCGCCGGCUCUCAUCCCGUCCCAGACUCCACCAAGGUCGCCUUCAUCAAACCCGACUCGAUCGCUCAGCAGCUCGAGGUUUGGGGUACCAGGGAGACUCAACUGCAGAUCGUCCUCUUACUAGAACUCAUCAUCCUGACCAACCUAUCAUUAGACGCCGGCUCACAGCUACUACACAAGAAGCAACUAUCGGCCUCUCACCGGAAGAGAGGAAAAGAGAAGCCGAAUCUGGGUGGGUUGGGAGAAGAGGAGGAGAAGAAGCUGGAAGACAAGGAGGUCGUCGCGGACCUUGAGUGA